CCGGCGCCGCGACCGCGUCUGCUCGCCGAGCUGCUGCCGCCGCCGGGCGGACGGGCGGACGCGCGGAGCUGGGGGCGGCGCGGCGGGCCGACGGGUCGCGGCGGGGCUGACCGGCCCCGAUGAGGCGGAAGGAGAAGCGGCUCCUGCAGGCGGUGGCGCUGGUGCUGGCGGCCCUGGUCCUCCUGCCCAACGUGGGGCUCUGGGCUCUGUACCGCGAACGGCAGCCCGACGGCACCCCCAGGGGUUCUGGGGCAGCGGUGGCCCCGGCGGCAGGACAGGGCUCACACAAUCGGCCAAAGAAGACAUUUUUCUUGGGAGAUGGGCAGAAGCUGAAGGACUGGCAUGACAAAGAGGCCAUCAGGAGGGACGCUCAGCGCAUAGGAAAUGGAGAACAAGGGAGACCUUACCCCAUGACGGAUGCCGAGAGAGUGGACCAGGCAUACCGAGAAAAUGGAUUUAACAUCUACGUCAGUGAUAAAAUCUCCCUGAAUCGCUCUCUCCCUGAUAUCCGGCACCCAAACUGCAACAGCAAACGCUACCUGGAGAGGCUUCCCAACACCAGCAUCAUCAUCCCCUUCCACAAUGAGGGCUGGUCCUCCCUCCUCCGCACCGUCCACAGCGUGCUGAACCGCUCGCCCCCAGAGCUGGUGGCGGAGAUCGUGCUGGUCGAUGACUUCAGUGACCGAGAGCACCUGAAGAAGCCACUGGAGGACUACAUGGCCCUUUUCCCCAGCGUGAGGAUUCUCCGAACCAAGAAACGUGAAGGCCUGAUAAGGACCCGCAUGCUGGGGGCCUCGGCAGCAACUGGGGACGUCAUCACCUUCUUGGACUCACACUGUGAAGCCAAUGUCAACUGGCUGCCCCCCUUGCUCGACCGCAUCGCUCGAAACCGCAAGACCAUCGUGUGCCCAAUGAUCGAUGUGAUCGACCACGAUGACUUUCGAUACGAGACGCAGGCAGGGGAUGCCAUGCGGGGUGCCUUUGACUGGGAGAUGUACUACAAGCGGAUCCCGAUCCCUCCAGAACUGCAGAAGCCUGACCCCAGUGACCCAUUUGAGUCUCCCGUGAUGGCCGGUGGGCUAUUCGCCGUGGACCGGAAGUGGUUCUGGGAGCUGGGCGGGUACGACCCCGGCUUGGAGAUCUGGGGAGGAGAGCAGUAUGAGAUCUCCUUCAAGGUGUGGAUGUGUGGGGGCCGCAUGGAGGACAUCCCCUGCUCCAGGGUGGGCCAUAUCUAUAGGAAGUAUGUACCCUACAAGGUCCCUGCUGGAGUCAGCCUGGCCCGGAACCUCAAGCGCGUGGCCGAAGUGUGGAUGGAUGAGUACGCCGAGUACAUUUAUCAGCGCCGGCCAGAGUACCGCCACCUCUCCGCUGGGGACGUAGCAGCCCAGAAGAAGCUCCGCAGCGCCCUUAACUGCAAGAGCUUCAAGUGGUUUAUGACCAAGAUCGCCUGGGAUCUGCCCAAAUUCUACCCGCCCGUGGAGCCCCCUGCUGCAGCCUGGGGGGAGAUUCGCAACGUGGGCACGGGGCUGUGUGCAGACACCAAGCAUGGCACGCUGGGGUCCCCGCUGAGGCUGGAGAGCUGCAUCUGGGGCCGCGGGGAGGCCGCCUGGAACAACAUGCAGGUGUUCACCUUCACCUGGAGAGAGGACAUCCGGCCUGGAGACCCUCAGCACACCAAGAAGUUCUGCUUUGAUGCCGUUUCCCACACCAGCCCCGUCACCCUCUAUGACUGCCACAGCAUGAAGGGCAACCAGCUGUGGAAAUACCGCCAGGACAAGACCCUGUACCACCCCGUCAGCGGCAGCUGCAUGGACUGCAGUGAAAGUGACCACAGAAUCUUCAUGAACACCUGCAACCCCUCCUCUCUCACCCAGCAGUGGCUGUUCGAACACACCAACUCAACAGUCUUGGAAAAAUUCAACAGAAACUGAGCCCUCGCCUCCCAUUGGCAGGCCCGGGAGGUCGCCUGUGGCGGGUGCGGCCCCUCCCCUGAGGAGGCCGGGCUUCCGUGGGCACCAUGUUGUGCAGGGUGCUGGCCAGGUGGGUCAGGGCCAGAGUGCUCUUGAAGCUGGAGCAAAGGGUCUGCCUGGUCCUUCAGCCCGAGGCGUGGGGGUGCAGCGUUGCGCAGACGCCACAGAAGGGCCCACAACAGGGCAGGGCCCACUUUAGUCCCUGCGGUGCUGCUGGAGCAUCGUGUGGGAGAACCCCAGGCAGCCCUAAGCUACCCGGAAACGAGUCCCGCAGGGCGCCCAGCCCUCAGGGUCCCGCACGAGGGCGACAGCGCUAGAAAGAGGCAACGUUGCCUGGUGCGCGCAGCUUCUAGGACUGGUCAGCCCACCUGCAGCGGGAGGGAGAGCAGUCCCCCUCGAGGGGCCUUUGGGUUUCUGCCCUUGUGGGAGGGGACUGCCAGUGCCGCCCAGCUUCUGUUCUCUCCAGAUCCCGGCGAUUCACAGGCCACCCCUGUGACCCUCAGAGGGUUCAAUACUGAACGCUGACCAGAUGGCAGUCAUGGGGUCAGAAAAGGGACCCCAGACCUUCCGUUGCAGCCAUGAACAUAGAGCUGUCUCCCUCUGGCUCUCUGGGUAUUUGAAAUGUCCAUUUCAGUGCUCUCCAGGAACAGGACAGCCCAGCAACCAGCUUUGAGGGUGGUUCAGAUGGCCUUGGCCCGUGGAAAAGGCUGAGGAGAUCUCCAAACUGGAGAUGCUGAAUUUCCACAUCCACGAUUCCAUUUCCCUUUCUCUCCCGGGCAAGUCCCUGCCUCGAGAGAGGAGCGGUGCUGGGAGGUGCUCACUGCCCAGAAGCUGGGUGCUUCCAGGACCAACUGUGGGCAGGACACCUCUGACCUCCUUGUGGUUCUAGUUCUCAUAGAACUCGAGUUUCUAAAGAACUCCGAUUCAUCCAAACGAGAGUGAUCCAUAGGAUUCUGGAAGUCUAGCCUCCAGUGUGGUUUCUAGAAUGCUUUGAUUAAAGCGGCAGGUGGGUGUGACAGUCAAGGCGGCCCCAGCCUGCGGGCUGUGUGGAAUCCAAGGUUGGAGGUCCUGGGGAGACAGGUGGGGACCUGUGUCUCUCACCAGAGGCUCUGGCGCAACACAGUGCUCAGCCAGAACAGAAGCCCAGAACCUCGAGCCACCAUCACCACUCAGCCUCCAAGCAGUGGAGAAAAGGACCUGAGGUCCCACAACCAGAUAGUCACCCGGCUCCCUGCCAGCGCUUUACGUUUACCUUUUGCUUUGUUCGAUUACAUGUCAGAUUCUCAGAGGUUCCCAAACUGAGAGGAGGCAUUUCUGUAACCAACCUGCCACCCACUGAUUGAGAAACGAAAAUCACAUUCCACAACCUAUGGCUUCCAGCAGCUAGCCCAGGAAAUACUUGAAAUCAGUAUUCCAGUGAGAGUUGGGUCACUCGAAUGUGUCCUUUACCAGUUAAGGAACUGACAGAAAUCUGGGAACACAGCCACGGAUCUGCCUUUGAGAUGCCGGCCGAUCUCACGCCAUCAGUUAUCAGGGGGAGAAAGGGAAACACUCCCAACCACCCGACCCAGAUCGAGCGUGUGGCUGGCAAAGGACCGCCUCCACCGCGGUGCCUGUGCCGGCAGAGCUUGCUUGCUGACCCCUCGUGUCCUUUUGCAGAUGAGUGCUGUAUCUUUACAAGUGGCCCUCUCUAGAAAGGAGUCGAAAGAGGAGGCUGCCUCUGGAAUCUCAACUGAGGAUGGCGGGAGCGUGGCGCUUUGGGGAGCUGAGGCGUGGGAGAGCAGUGCAGCAUCACUAAAGUAAAAACUGUGCCUUUUAAAAAGAAAAAAUGCAAAUGUACAGCAAAUCCCUAAACUUGAACCAUUUCCUAGUGCCUUGCUAGACACAUGUAAAGGGGCGGGUGGGGGAGGGGAAAAUUUCUGACGGCGUGUGCAGUCCCCGGGGGAUGAGUGUGCUUCCUGAUGUCUGAUUUCAAGCAGGAGACGUUGGGCCUGAGACCUGAGACCCAGAGGCCCCCGAGGGCAGAGGCCAGAGUUGUCCCGUCAUUGCAGGAACACUGCAAAUUCACGGGCCGCGCAGCCACUUGCUUAGCCUGUGGCCUUGAAGGGCCUUGGCAGCCCCUGAGAGGAGGCCUUGAUGUGCCUCUUUGGGCCCUUGUCUGGGGCCUUGCCUGUGGCCCCACCCCAACCCCCAAGCAGACUGCUCCACCUGUCCCUCACCGCAGGGUUAAGGUGCACAGGAGGUGUGGGCCCUCUCCUCUAACGCGUCUAUUUGGAGGAUGAGACCACAAAACAGGGUGUGGCUAGAAAGUACAGCCACCGUGGAGACCCCCCUGCAGCUUUCCAAAGGGGGCUCCAGAAACAUUUUGGAAUGCAGAGAGCAUCUUUGCUGGUAAUCAAGUUCAAGGUCUUCGAAGGUGGCUAAAUUUGCAGCACGUGUGAAAGCCAUUCCAGCUUGUGCCUCCAAUUGGAGCUUCCAACUUGAAAACAGUUCAGAAACUGUUGACUCUUCCCUUUGGAAGGCAGCUGGGAGGCAGGGGGGUACCUCCACAGACGAGAUUGAUGGGCAGGUGUGGCCGCGGGCCAGCCGGCAGAGAAAGAGCAGUUUCGCUGAAGAUGCAGCAUGUGGCUUUCCAGAGCCCACACGGCAUCCCCUUUCCAAAGCUCCCCUAUGUGCCGAAUUUUUUUCAACCUAAGACACAGGUGAUGUCCUUGAAGAUGGCUCCAUAUUUCCUUCUGUGAAUCUCCAUUUUUCUAGUCUCUGCAGUCUCAAAAGAACAGCAGAGCCCUUUACGGGGGAACUGGGAAAUCGGGAUCCCUUGCUUCACAGAUCGCUCAGCCGCACAGGCUGGGUGAUCGUAACUCCUAGGAGGCCUUGCAUUUCUAAUAUUUUCAGAAGACUUGAAAGAAGAGGGACAAGGAGUGCAGUUCUGUUCUGGAAUUCGUUAUUGCUUUCAAUGAUGCUCUUUGUGAGAAGUCCAAGUUGUGUUUUAGUUCAGACUUGAUCCUGAGUGCCUCUGGGGGGCAGUGGGACCCCCAUACCUAGUGACAAAGUCCUCUGCACAUCUGCUCCCAAUGGCUUUGAUGCGGCUAUGCCAGCCAACAGGGUCAGACUCCUGCUCUGUGAUUGACUGGCCUGAAGACCAGAAUCCCCAGGGGGUCGCAGGCAGGGGAUGUUUGGAAAUUCAGACAGGGAUUCCAUAGAGAAAGCUCAAGACUCCCACCUCUCCCCUUCUGCCUGGAAAAGUGAGCCCCUGUGAAAACAAGGUUUGCCAUGUACAAUCGUGACUGUGACUGUUGUUGAGUAAACCUCCCGACUUUCUCUAAAGUGGUCUCUGGCAUGUUCCUUGUCGUGUGCAGGUCUCCACUUGAUCGCUAUGUACACAUCACUAUGAACACCUAUUCAGUACCCAGGCACCCUGCUGGGUGCUGAACAAAGUCCACCAGCCACCAUUCUAGAGGGGAAGACAGACCUAAAGCAACAAAGACUGUUGCAGAUGCAAAGAGGACUUUUAAGGAUAUAAAACAAUAUCUGAGACUGGGGUUGGGAGUAACAUUAGCUAGAAUGGUCAGGGAAUGCUUCUAAGUGAGAGCCAGAAGUUGAGGCAAUGUGAAUGAAGAGGAACUGUGGGGAGGGAGAUCCAGCAGAGUGAAUAGCUAGUGCAAAGGCCCUGAGGUAGGAAGGAGUUCCUAUCUAUACUAGAGUAGAGGUCAAACAGUUGGUCUGAGAGCCCACAAGGGUCUUAGAGACCACACCCAGGAGUGGAGUGGUUCUGGAGGGUAGUGACAAUAGGAGUAAGCUAAACUCAUUUCUGAUGCCUACUCAUCAAUCAUAAGUACUUGUUUAACAAAACAUUUCUGUGCUGUUGGCUGUUAGAUUGUCUAAACCAUUUGACAGGAAGAGCACUGGCCCACCCAGCUCUACAGAAACCGCAGCGAGAUCUUUUAUACAUCCAUCCCCAUCGAGGCCUCAGCUCACAGAAAAGCGACAAGGUUUUGGAGGACACGUCUGCCCCACCAAUGGUCCUGUGGUUGAGUCCGGGAAGUGGGCGGGUGCAGGUGAUGGUGGGCAGAAGCUGCCCCGGUGCUGCCACUCGGAGCCCACCAGAGGGCGCUGUGGAGCCCGGCCCUAAGGGGUUUGAGUCCUGAAACCAGAGGGUCUUCGAGAAGGGCCUCAGAGCCGCAGAACACGCUGUCAAAGUCCCGUUUUUUCAGAUGAGGAAAUAGGAGCCCAGAGAAGCCCCUGACCCAAAGUGACGUCCCCCGGAGCCCCGCUCCCGUGCUAUCUCAGUUUCACUGGGCAGCCUUGCGGACACGUGGGGAGCUGCCACCGGUAGAGCCUUUGCACCUGCUGUCCCCAGGCUCUCAGGAGAAUUCCAUGAAAUAGACAAGACGAAACUGCGACCUACGCACUCCCGUGCCUCCCGUAAGCCAGAAGCCCUGCCGGAAAUGCCAAGGUUGCAGGCGGUGAGCCAGACAGACCUGCCUCUGCGCGCAGCCUGCGGUCUCAUCGGAGGGACAGGUGCGGAUCUAACGGUUGUUAGGAAGAGCACGUAGCCAGGGUCGUGCAAGUCCUAGGAAGGAGCCACCCCCCGGGUCAUGUGCUGAGAAGCUGGACUGGCAGGGAGGUCGGGCCUGCCGGGUCACCUGGGCCUCAGCCAGCCACGCGCUGAAGGGCCUAAGAGCGUGGUUGGCCCUGAGCCAGGCUAGUGAAGCCCCUCGGGACUAGCAAGACAGGGAGGGGGCUUCCCCGCAGAACUGCUGGUGAAGGUGGAAAACUGCAGCCGCCGCCCAGACAGGAAGGGGACGACAGGAACACACCCCACUCUUCGGCCUCGUCCUCCGCCUCGCUGCCUCCUGGAGGUUGAACCCAGCCCGCAAGUCCAUGUGAAGAAAUAAAAGCCCUGGGCAAGGUAACCAAUGACCUAGGAAAGCCCAGAAGUGGUAUGAAUGGAGCUUCCAUGGGUUGGUUUGUGACUCUUUUUUUCUCCUGAUUUUGAAAGAAAACUGCAUAAAUCAAUAAUUAUGACCCUGUUACUGAAAACGCAUGUGUAGGAAGGAUGGACUUGCUGUGACAGUAACAUGACAAGAGAAGAGGGAAGGAGCACAGCCGCCCAGGAGCAGAGUCGCUGCAUACCCCUGAGGCCGAGUUGAGAUCAGCCAAACCAGCAUGUUUUAGUUAAGAUGUUCAUUGUAAUCCUCAGGGCAAUGUUGAAAAAACAACCUAAAAUAUGUAACUAAAAAGAAAAGGGGCCGGGCACAGUGGCACACACCUAGAAUCCCAGCAGCUCAGGAGGCUGAGGCAGGAGGAUCACAAGUUCAAAGCCAGUUCAGCAACUUAGGCCCUAGGCAACUUAACGAGACCCCCGUUUCUAAAAAAAUAAUUAAAAGGGCUGGGGUGUGGCUCCUUAGCAAAGCACCCCUGGGUUCAAUUCCUAAGAGAGAGAGAGAGGAUGGAUCAAAAUGGUACACUAGGGCAGGCUGCUGUAAUCCCAGCAGCUCAGGAAGAUGGAGAGUUCAAAGCCAGCCUCAGCAAUUUAGGCACUAAGCGACUCAAGUAAGCAACUCAGUGAGACCUUGUCUCUAAACAAAAUUCAAAAUAGGG